GCAUUCAUUUCUCCAAAACCAAAAUUUUCAGAAGAAAAGGAAAAAACUCUUCUUCUCUGAUAAAUUCUACUUGUUUUUUUCCUGCAGAUGUUGUUUGGUUUAUGAGAAAAAGGAGAAGAUUUUCCGAGAAAACUUUCAGUGUCUCUGCUGUGGCUUUCAAGCAUGGGUCUUGAGGAAAAUAUUGUAAGGCGACCCGACAGAAGAAAUGAAACUGGGCAAGAAAAAACAAUUUGUCUUCAUGCAUUCUCUGAUUUGACUCAUGUUUCUCCUGUAGUGUUCUUAUACCUUCUAAAAGAAUGCUACUUUCAUGGAACAUGUAAGGCAACAGUCAAGUUCCGAGCUCUCCAACAACAAGUCUGUAAUGUUCUCUGUAAUUCUUCCCGACCUGGAGUGGCAACUUUUAUUCUUCAAUGCCUCUAUGUCCUCCCCAUAUUUGAGUUAUAUUCUGAAGGGUUCAGUCACUUGAUAUUAUCUGCUCUUGGUCGUUUCAAGAAAGCUGUGACCACCUCUGCAGACACCUUGACAGCAAAAAAACUGGCAGCACGGUUGUUUAUUGAUAUUGUUGGGGGUUCUGUUGACCAUGCUGAGAGAAUCAUUAUGAAGAUAAUUGAAGUUUUUGAUGUUAGGUUGAUGGAUGUUGAGGAAGUAGUUUCUCAAUUAAAGGCCCAGAAUGAUUGUAGGUUUGACAGUGCAAAAACAUUUAUUGAGCAGUUUAUAUUUGGACGGAUUGAAUCACAGUCAUAUAUGACAGCAGUCACUCUAUUAGAACAGUUCUCUAUUCGCCAGUCUGGACAGUCAUUUCUUUUCACAAUGAUUGAGAACAAAGAAUUCAGAGCGGCAGAGAAGUGGGCAUCUUUUAUGGGGAAACCAAUAUUAUCUAUUCUUGUCCAGGAGUAUGCUGAUAGGAAUAUGCUAAAGAAUGCUUAUGUCACCAUAAGGAAAAACAAUCUCCAGCAGGAUUUUCCUGAUUUAUAUCAUAAGUGUAAAGAAAGCAUACUAAAGAAGCUAGCAGAAAAAGCAUGUUGGGAUAUUGCAGAGGCAAGGGCAGAUGGUGAUAGACAACUACUUGAGUAUUUGGUUUAUCUGGCAAUGGAAGCUGGUUACUCAGAGAAGGUUGAAGAACUUUGUGAACGUUACUCACUUGAAGGUUUCUUGAAAGCAACAGGAUCUGAAGCUGCAAUUUUACGAAGUCGCUUUUUAAGUCUCAAUGACUUUGCAGUGGAAGAUGUAAUUUGGGUUGAUGAGUUUGAGAGCCUGCGUAAUGCAGCUUUCCAAGUCGAGGGAUGUAAAGUCAUUGGUCUUGAUUGUGAAUGGAAACCCAAUUAUGAAAAGGGCAGCCAGCCAAACAAGGUUUCUAUCAUGCAAAUAGCUUCGGAUAGAAUGGUUUUUAUCUUUGACUUGAUAAAGUUAUAUGAGAACGUGCCUGAUGCUCUAGACAACUGCCUAAUUCGCAUACUGCAGUCUUCUAGAAUUUUGAAACUUGGUAUGAGAAUCUCUAUCUGUUUAGAUAGGGGAAUUCCCUCUACUCCCAUUGCUUUAACAGCUAUAAAUAAAUUUGGAUGACUUCUUGACUCAUUAUUAUUUUGGAAUGGAUUAAAAGAUUUUGUUAUUGUUUUAUUGAUGCUGCAAACAAACUGCAUGAGUUGUAGGUUAUAAUUUUCAGUGUGAUAUGAAGCAACUUGCUCAUUCAUAUGGAGACUUAGAGUGUUUCAAGUACUGUGAAAUGUUACUGGAUGUCCAGAAUGUGUUUAAAGAACCUCGAGGUGGUCUGUCAGGCCUUGCGGAGGUAAACUGAACAUGAAAAAGGCUGUCAGAGUUUGUCCCUUCCUCCCAUUUUCAAUGGUAUUCAACCUGAUUUUGUUAUGAUUUUCUUGCUCUGUAAAUUAUUGUUUCGCAUGUUACCUAACCAGAAAAUAUUGGGAGUGGGCUUGAACAAAACAAGGCGAAACAGCAACUGGGAGCAAAGACCACUCAGUAAGAAUCAGCUUGAGUAUGCUGCUCUUGAUGCUGUUGUUCUUAUUCACAUAUUCCGCCGUGUUAAUAGUCAUUCAGACGGGCAUGACAAAGUUGAGUGGAAAUCCCACAUUGUCUCCCACAUGGAUAAUAGCCCAAAGAAGUCCAAAAAGGAAUCAAAAAUGAAAAAAUAGUUAAAAGCUUAGACCUUAACACCAUUUAAACUAUUCAUCUGUAGAUAUUUCCUGUUAGUUUAUAUGGUAAACAUACGUUUAUGAUGCAUGUGUAGUUUUCUGUUGUGUUUUGUCAUUUUACACUCUUCUUUCAUUAUGUUCUAGAUAUACGAGUUUCUCUUACAGGUCUUACAUUCUAAAGAGACCACAGAUUAUUUUCUAGAUGAUUGGAGAUAUCGAAGAAGAAAUCCAGGAUAAUUUGAAUGCAUGUAAGGCAUAAACAUUCUGAUUCAAA